GGCUCCGUUGUUAUUCUUAUCUUCAAGAAAAACAACAAAGAAAUAAACGUUAUUCACUCAAUGCUGAUGAGUGUCAGUUUUGUUUUCCUUUUAAACGCUGUACUGUUGCAGCAAAAGUUGUCUCUGCGUGUUUAGCAUCAACAAAUAAAAUUAAGAUCCAAGCGUCCGGUCGUGAAGUUUCACCGACUCGCUCUUUCGUGUAAACAGUUGUGAUCGAAGUAACCAUUGAAAAAUAUUUCGCCACGGCUCCUCGUACCAUCCUCGACUCAUAACCAGACCAGGCCUUGCACGCUACGGUAUCGAAUCGAACAGUAUAAUUUAUCAGAAAAGCAAUGGAGAACAAGGACCAGCAAGUACCUCGGCCGGAUGGAUCAUUGCCGGAUGACAUCGAGCAAAACUUCUUAACACAGUUCAGCUCAAUGAUAACCACCGACAAAGAGGAGCUGAUCAAACAAUUUCAAAGCAUAGGAGAAAAUCUGAACCAUUCAACUGCGACAUUUUUCUUAGAUAUGACAAAUUGGAAUCUGCAGGAAGCAGUAGGCUGUUACUUUGACUACAUGGCACAAUCGCGAUUUCCUUCUAUGAAGUUUCUAAGUGAUAUCAGUGUCGGAAAGGGCGAAAAAAUUACUCCCAGCACAAUGUUCCAAUUAUCAUUUAUGAUACAGAAUAAUGGGGAAACUACGUGGCCUAGUGGUACAUACAUGGCGCUAAAGCAGGAUCCACAUUUCCUACAAUCUUACGCCGCAUCACUACGGGAAGCGAAUCAAAAAUUCUACGUGCCUACAUUGCCACCCAUGGAUACAGUGUCUGUUACGGUGCAAUUGGUUAGUCCAGCGGAAGAAGGUGCAUUUCACACCACAUGGGCAAUUUACACUCCCAACGGCACCGAGUUUGGAGAAACCAUCGCAGCGAGCAUAGAAGUUUGCAAAAAUGGAACAAUGGCUAUUACUCAGGUGCAGGUAUAG